GUUUCUCCUCCAGGUCGGCGACGUGACGAACAAGAAGCCUCAGCGCCUGGUGACCCAGUUCCACUUCACCAGCUGGCCUGACUUUGGGGUCCCCUUCACCCCCAUCGGGAUGCUGAAGUUCCUGAAGAAGGUGAAGACCUGUAACCCUCAGUAUGCUGGAGCAAUAGUGGUGCACUGCAGCGCCGGGGUGGGGCGCACGGGCACCUUCAUGGUCAUUGAUGCCAUGCUGGACAUGGUUUCCAGCCAGCAGAUGUGCAGACAGCAGGAUGUGCUCACUGGGCACAGAGUGGAGGCUGAUGGCUGCUCCCUGCAACCCCUGCAGAUGCAGUAUGUGUUUAUAUACCAAGCACUUCUGGAGCACUAUCUCUAUGGUGACACAGAGCUGGAGGUGACCUCGUUAGAGAUCCACCUUCAGAAGAUCUACAACAAAGUGCCAGGGACCAGCAGCAACGGGCUGGAAGAGGAGUUCAAGAAGCUCACUUCAAUCAAAAUUCAGAAUGACAAGAUGAGGACGGGCAACUUGCCAGCCAACAUGAAGAAGAACAGGGUGCUUCAGAUAAUUCCAUAUGAGUUCAACAGAGUAAUCAUUCCAGUGAAGAGAGGUGAAGAGAACACUGACUAUGUCAACGCUUCCUUCAUUGACGGCUAUCGCCAGAAGGACUCCUACAUCGCCAGCCAGGGGCCGCUGCAGCACACCAUAGAGGACUUCUGGAGGAUGAUCUGGGAGUGGAAAUCCUGCUCCAUCGUGAUGCUGACGGAGCUGGAGGAGAGAGGCCAGGAGAAGUGUGCCCAGUACUGGCCAUCUGAUGGCUCCGUGUCCUAUGGAGACAUCACCGUGGAGCUGAAGAAGGAGGAGGAGUGUGAGAGCUACACAGUGAGGGACCUGCUGGUGACCAACACCAGGGUAAGGCUCUGCAGACAGCUCCCCCGGGCAGACGGCUUUCCCAAAGUGGGGAUCCCCGCGGACGGCAAGGGCAUGAUCAACAUCAUCGCCGCCGUGCAGAAGCAGCAGCAGCAGUCUGGCAACCACCCCAUCACCGUGCACUGCAGUGCUGGAGCAGGGAGAACGGGCACCUUCUGCGCGCUCAGCACCGUCCUGGAGAGGGUGAAGGCAGAAGGGAUCCUUGACGUCUUUCAGACAGUGAAGAGUUUAAGACUACAGAGGCCACACAUGGUGCAGACACUGGAACAGUACGAAUUCUGCUACAAGGUGGUGCAGGAAUACAUCGACGCCUUCUCGGACUACGCCAACUUCAAGUGA